AGUGAAAAAAAGAAAAAUUCAUAUAGCGAGGAAGAGAUCGUAUUAAGCUUUCAAAAAAAAUAAGAAUUACAUAUAAAAUUCUAAAUUCUACUUAUAAAGUAAAGAAAUUCUGUAAAUAUUUUAAUAAUGUGACUAAACACAAAACCUGACGAAAAAAAUUGUACAGAACAUAUAUUUUCGAAAAUUUCAAUUGAAAAAGGUUUUGUCUGUCAUUUUUCAAGGAGAAUAUCCGUAAAUACACAGAAACAUCAGUCAUAUAAAAAGAAAGAACGGGGAAAUUGUAUAUUUUUGUAGAGGAGCUUAUAGGCCGUUUUAUUUUGUAUAUCAAGAGUCAUGGAGCACAUAGAUGGCCCUGCUGCGGGCCAUAGACAACAAAUUUCAACAAAGAAAAAAUCUAAAAAUAAAAAGAAAAACUUCAAAACAGAGGGGGUGGCCAAUGACACAACGUCGAAAAAUUUUGACGAUGGUCUGGUGGGGGAAGCGGCAAAGGUCAUCGGUAAUGGAUUGAAUGAUCAACUGAAGCAACAGCUGAACAUAGACACCCAGGUCAAUGGCCUAGUAACAACAUUUGAAGCAACACAAACUAAUCAAACACUUUCAACCAUAGCGGCCAGUUCUUCGAAAACUAAAGAACCUGCGGAAGAUGGGUGCAAAAAUAUAAAUGGACACCAUCAUCAUGGGUCAGAAUAUAAUUCACCCGAAAAAACAAUUGAAACAGUGGCCAUAGUUAAGAAAACUAAACGAAAACGUAACAAUAAGAAAACAUCUGCGGUAUCUAAUAAAUCUGAAACCGAAAACGGAUAUUGCCUGAACAAUGUCUCUUCUAUGGAAAUUAAUGCUGACGCAGCUAAACAACUGCCCAAUGGUUUGGCGCACGAGACCAUUGAAAAUAAAUCUUCUCAAAAGGAGAAUGAAUAUGUAUUAAAAGAAUGUCUCAGUAAUACCACUGCCAGUUGUGAAAUUACACUAACAAACGAAGAGGAAAAAUCUCGCUCUGCUCCCACCCAUUCUCAAUCGAUAGCAGCAUCUAAAGAAUUGAAUUUAGCUAGUGUUCAUAUUUCUUAUAAGGAAUAUGAAUCCGAAUUGCAAAUGCAUGAUAUUAUGCGUUUGAUACAAGCCGAAUUAUCGGAACCGUAUUCCAUCUAUACGUACCGCUAUUUCAUUUACAAUUGGCCAAAGUUAUGUUUCUUGGCUGCCCACGGCAAUGAAUAUGUUGGUGCCAUUGUGUGUAAGCUGGACAUGCAUAUGAAUGUAAGGCGUGGUUACAUAGCUAUGUUAGCCGUACGUAAAGAAUAUAGGAAACUUAAAAUUGGCACAACUCUGGUCCAAAAAGCCAUUGAGGCAAUGUUAGCCGAUAAUGCCGAUGAAGUUGUCCUGGAAACCGAAAUGAGUAAUGUGCCUGCACUGCGUUUAUACGAGAAUUUGGGCUUUGUGCGCGACAAACGCCUCUUCCGUUACUAUCUGAACGGUGUGGAUGCUCUCCGUUUGAAGCUUUGGUUUAGAUGAGAUUAUUUUGCCCAACAUUUGAUUUUUAAUUUAGCCAAAUUAUUAGCGUGGCUAUUCGAAGGACAACUAAAGUUCGUGAACCAGAAAACAGUAAUGUUAGCAUUAGAAGAAUUGUUCAAAACAGAAACGAACAAGGAAAUUCACUUAAUAUUAGAAUUUGUUUAAAUUAAUUUAAAAAAAAAAACAAAAUAC